AUGGCUACAAAAGUGCUUGAAUGUGGAUACUAUUGGCCAUCAAUCUACCAAGACGCAAAUCAAAUGGUCAAGGCAUGUGAUCAAUUUCAAAGACAAGGGUCAAUAUCUAAAAGAAAUGAGAUGCCUAUGAAUUUUUUAAUGGAGGUCGAGAUCUUUGAUGUGUGGAGGAUAGACUUCAUGGGCCCUUUGGUGAGCUCUUAUGGCAUGACAUAUAUCUUGGUGGCUGUGGACUACAUCUCCAAAUGGGUCGAGACAAGCGCCUUGCCCAACAAUGAAGCAAGAAGUGUGACUGCAUUCUUGAAGAAGAACAUAUUCACGUCGUACGGUACUCCCACGACCAUCCUUAGUGAUGGUGGUUGUCACAUUUGCAACAAGGCUUUCACCGAGUUGCUUGAAAAGUAUGGCGUAAAGCAGAAGGUGGCCACACCUUAUCAUCCUCAAUCGAGUGGUCAUGUUGAAGUCUCUAACAGGGAAAUCAAAAACAUCCUAGUAAAAACUAUCAAUGCAAAUAGUACUGACUGGUCAAGGAAGCUAGAUGACGCGUUGUGGGAAUAUCGCGCAGCAUUUAAGACUCCCAUUGGUACCUCACCGUACCGGUUGGUUUUUGGUAAGGCGUGUCACUUGCCAGUGGAGCUUGUACACAAAGCCAUGUGGGCUCUGAAAAAGUUGAAUCUUGACUGGGCCGAAGCUGCUAACCUGACAAUGAAACAACUCAAUGAGAUGGAAGAAUUCUGCCUCCAUGCCUAUGAGAGUGCAGCCAUGUAUAAGGAGAGAAUGAAGUUUUCCACAAGAAGAUCUUGA